AUGGGCCGUUUCUGGACGCUUCAUCUCGCCAUCGGCAUCUCGACCAUCGCCCACGUCAUCCUCGUCGUCGCCGCGUCCCCCGCCGUCAUCGUCAACAACAAGGGCGCCUUUGCCUGCUUCAUCAUCGGCCUGCUCUGCCUCUGCGUCGGCACCGGCUUCUUCAAGGCAAACGUCGGGCCCUUGCUGGCCGAGCAGAACGAGGACACGAAGCCACGGAUCGAGGUGCGCAAGGGCGAGCGCGUCAUCGUCGACCCCGCCAUCACCAACACGCGCAUCUUUCUCUACUUUUACCUGUGCAUCAACACGGGCUCCCUCACGGGCCAGAUAGGCAUGGUCUACAUCGAAAAGUACGUCGGCUUCUGGGCCGCCUUCCUGAUCCCGACGGCGCUCUUCCUGCUCGCCCCCGUCAUCCUGUGGUCGCAGAAGAAGAGCUACAAGCUGAAGCCGCCGACGGGCUCGCUGCUGUCCAAGUUCUUCAAGGUCUUUUUCUUUGUGCGCAAACGCUCGAGCUGGAAGACGUUCAGCUGGGAGGUGGCGAAGCCGUCCAACGUGGCCGUCGACCAACGGCCGAGCUGGAUGACGUACGACGACGCCUGGGUCGACGAGGUCCGGCGCGGCCUGCUGGCCUGCAAAGUCUUUGUCUUUCUGCCCAUCUUCUUCCUGUCGUACAACCAGAUGACGGGCAACCUGACGAUACAGGCCGGCACCCUGGAGCUGCACGGGGUGCCCAACGACGUGAUCCAGAACCUCAACCCCAUCUCCAUCGUCAUCAUGAUCCCUCUCAUCGACCACAUCCUUUAUCCGGGGCUCCGGAGGCUCGGCAUCGCCUUUACGCCCAUCAAGCGCAUGACCUUUGGCUUCCUCAUCGCCGCCCUCUCCAUGGUGGCCUCGGCCGUGAUGCAGUACUACAUCUACCAGAAGAGCCCGUGCGGCUGGCACGCGAACAAGAACAUUGUCGUCGACGGCGUUACAAAGGCCUGCCCGCCGGCGCCCAUCAAUGUAUGGGCGCAGUGCCUGCCGUACAUACUCAUCGGCAUCGCCGAGAUCUUUGCCAACGUGACAUCGUACGAGUAUGCCUUUUCCAAGGCGCCCGAGAACAUGAAGUCACUCGUCAUGAGCGUCAACCUCUUUAUGAGCGCCAUCUCGGCCGCGCUCGGCCAGGCCUUUACACCACUCUCGGAGGACCCCUAUCUGAUCUGGAACUACACGUGCAUCGCGUGCAUCGCCUUUGUCGGCGGUGGCGCUUUCUGGGUCUGCUUCCGCCACCUCGACUCGGAGGAGGACAAGUGGAACAUGCUGAAGAAGUCGGAAUUCAUCGGAAAGCAGCAACCGGGGCUGGGCAAGGCGCACGAGGAUGGCGAGGUGUGA